AGUCUAGGGACAAAUGCGAUGCAUGGCCUAUCCACAACCAUUGCAUGCGAUCUUUUAGACAAGACUGGUCCAAAUGAACUGACGCCUCCAAGAAAGAUUUCUAAUGUAUUAAAAUUCUUACGUUUAUGUUUCGGAGGAUUUUCUUUAUUGAUAUGGGUAUACGAAUAAAUUUUAUCUUUAAUGUCGUACGAUAUACAGUGGUUCACGAAAGUAUUCGAACAUUAUAUGUACAUGUACAUAUCAUAUGUGUUACGUGAAACACUUUGAAAUUUCGUUAGCACUGUAAUGAUAUAGACAUUUAUCGCAAACGUAAACUUAGUGAAAAAUUAGUGUAUAACACGAACGGAAAUCUUAAACGCACGAUUAGUGCUACAAAUGAUUCUACUACAUAUUAUGGCUUAUUAAUGUAAUCGACUGUCCAAUUACUUUGAUGAUCUUCGCGAAGUGUAGCUAAACAUCUUGUAACUUUUAAAUACAUUUUUAGAUCUUUUUCAAAUUUUACGUACUCAAAUACUUUCUACUCAAAUACUUUCGCGAGCCACUAUGUACAUCGUAUAACGAAAGGUAUAAAUUGUUUAGAUAGGUGCUGUAUUAUGUUUUUGCAAUUAUCUUCUGGAAUAUGGCACUUACGGCGAAGCUUCUAAGGAACAUUUGGGGCUUGGCAUCGUGCUCGUUGGCUUAAUCUUAGUUACAGCGAUGUUCAGCCAUUAUCAGGAGUCGAAGAGUUCUCGAAUUAUAGAGUCGUUCCAGCAGAUGUUGCCGCAAAAGACGAAGGUCCUGAGGGACGGCGAAAAAAAGGUAUUGUCCGUAGCCGAAUUAGUUAUCGGGGACAUUGUCCUUUUGGAAACCGGUGACCGAGUACCCGCUGACAUUAGGAUCCUGGAAUGUCAAGGUAAAUUCGUAUCGCUGCAGUUGCAACCGUAACUUUCUUAUUUCCCAACAAAAAAGUCCUCGCCUUUCUCUUCGUCGACGCUCGAGAUAUCUUGUCGAUUUUGUUAUAAAUACAAUCUAAAGAAGCGUAAAAUAUUUGUCUACAUACUAGAUUAUCUAAAUUCGAUGAAUUAUGUUUCUUCUUUUCUUUUUUAUCGCGUUCUAUAUAUUUCAUUUUCACAAUAUCAAAUUAUCGUACUCAUACGAAAGCACUGCUAAAUGAUAUGAAGUUUAAUAUACUCGGAUCUAAUUAAUUGGCGUGUCAAUGCUCUGUGGUACAAUAGUAUUCCAAUGCUUUUUGUAGCCACUGUUUACAGCGUUGGUACUGUUUUACUCGUCGGAUCAUUUCGUUUAUUCUCAAAGGUAACGCCAUCAGUUUCAAAUAUAUUAAAUUCGUAUAUAUAUCGUUUCGCAGUUGUUUCAUGAUAUUUAAUUCAUUACAAGUCGGUUUCAUUAACUGCCUGAUCAUUUUGAAGAAAUAUAUACGUUCCACUAAGGUCUUAAGAUCGACAAUGCUUCGAUUACCGGAGAAUCUAUCCCACUUUUAAGAACAGCCAAUGUUCAUCCAACGAAUAAUCUGAUGGAGGCAAAGAAUAUGGUUUUCUUCUCAACCGAUAUAGUGGAAGGUAACGUAUGACGAAACGAGUUGCCGCGUAUUAAUUUCUCAAGAAUUUCCUAUGGUUUCUCAAGGCUUCCUGUAUCGUUUCGUAAAGUUAAGCUUCGUUAAUGUACAACAGGCAGCGGAAAAGGAGUCGUGGUUGCUCGCGGUGACAAUACCGUGAUGGGUAGAGUUGCUAAACUAACUUCGAAAUUGGCAUCAAGACCCACGCCCCUUUCACGCGAACUUCAUCGAUUUAUGAAAAUAAUAUCGUGCUGGGCUAUAUUCCUCGGAAUGCUGUUCUUUACCUUGUCCACGGCAAUGGGCUAUACUUGGAUCAAUUCGAUAGCGUUUCUAAUCGGUAUAAUAGUUGCGAACGUGCCGGAGGGAUUGGCAGCCACUAUGACCGUUAGCCUCACUUUAACAGCGAACAGAAUGGCAAGCAAAAAUUGCCUGGUGAAGCAUCUCGAAGCUAUCGAGACAUUAGGAUGCACCGCUGUUAUUUGCAGUGACAAAACGGGAACGCUCACUCAAAAUAAAAUGACCGUCAGACACAUGUGGUACAACGGUGAAUUGCAAGAGGUAAUGGCUUCUGACACGUGGAGAAAAUAUAUUAAAAACACAGGAUUUCAUAACUUAGCCAGGGUGGCUAGUCUUUGUAAUCGGGCUGAAUGGGAGCCUUUACCUAAAAAUAUGCCCGCACCGCCGUUGAGAGAAAGGAAAAUUUUGGGGGAUGCUUCUGACGCUGCCUUAUUAAAAUGUAUGGAAGUUCUCGUGAAAGGAGGCGUAGAAGCAUAUAGAAGAACUUGCGUAAAGGUGUCCGAAAUACCGUUUAAUUCGACGGAUAAAUUUCAAGCCAACGUUUAUAUGUGUGGGAAGAAAUACGUUGUUUUUUUAAAGGGUGCACCAGAAAGAGUUCUAGAGCGAUGCUCGACCGUGGCGUUCGAUAACGAAACAAGGAAACUGAAUGAUGAAAUCAAGAAAGCUUAUACGGAAUCUUGUUAUAUUCUAGCAAAUAAUGGUGAACGUGUACUUGGUUUUGCUGAUCUCGAUCUGCCUGUAUCUUCUUUUCCAUCGAAUUACGUCUUCACAGAGGAUCCUCCAAAUUUUCCUCUUCAAAACUUGAGACUAAUCGGGUUAAUAUCAAUGAUGGAUCCGCCGAGGCCAGCAGUGCCAGACGCAGUGUACAAAUGUCGUUGCGCCGGAAUCAAGGUGAUCAUGGUAACUGGCGAUCACCCUGAUACAGCGAGAGCAAUCGCUAAGUAUGUCGGCAUCAUCACCGAUGAUUUUUUGCACAACGAUCACAAUGAAAAGAAACAUUCGAUCGUGGUGACGGGAGUGGAGUUGCGAGACUUAGACUCGGAAGAACUCGACCGUAUCAUAAGACAAUACCCUGAGAUUGUUUUCGCUAGAACAUCUCCCGUGCAAAAGCUUCAGAUCGUAGAGAGCUGUCAACGACUUCAUCUGAUCACCGCUGUUACCGGUGAUGGAGUCAAUGACACACCGGCAUUGAAAAAGGCCGAUAUUGGCAUAGCUAUGGGUAUUGCUGGGUCGGACGUGAGUAAAGAAGUUGCAGACUUGAUUCUAUUAAACGACGAUUUUGCCUCUAUAGUUGCCGGGAUCGAAGAAGGACGAAGAGUAUUCGACAACUUGAAAUCGAGUAUCGCGUAUACUCUAGCUAGUAACAUUCCAGAGAUAACACCCUUUUUGGCAUUCAUUGUACUUGGCAUUCCUCUGCCUGUAGGCGUGAUUUGUAUAUUGUGUAUAGAUCUUGGCACAGACAUGUGGCCAGCCGUUUCAUUGGCUUACGAGAAAUCUGAAUCCAACAUUAUCCUUAGGAAACCCAGAAUUCCACUAAAAGAUCAUCUCGUCAGUCAUCGGUUACUUUUCCUGUCUUACGGACAGAUCGGCAUAAUCGAAGCUUGUGCUGGUUUCGUCACAUAUUUCGUAGUUAUGGCGGAACAUGGUUUUCUACCUUAUAGAUUACUGGAUUUACGAUCGUCGUGGGACAGUAUCGUCGUAAACGACUUGCAAGAUUGUUACGGUCAAGAAUGGACGUACGAGCAGCGCAAGAUACUCGAAUAUACUUGCCAUACCGCUUUCUUUGUCAGUAUAGUGAUUGUUCAAAUUGCUGACGUGAUGAUCUGCAAAACUCGUCGUGUCUCUCUCUUUCAUCAAGGCAUGGACAAUUGGGUACUUAAUUUUGGGAUCGUUUUCGAGAUAACGGUAGCCUGCGUCGUUUGUUAUGCCCCUUAUAUGAAAGAAAUUCUCAGAACUUAUCCAUUGAUCUUUGAGUGGUGGCUACCAGGUGUACCGUAUGCGGUGAUUAUUCUGGUUUACGACGAACUUAGAAAGCUUUGGAUCAGAAGAAAUCCUGCAGGAUGGUGGGAUCGCGAAACCUGUUAUUAAAUCUACGCAAACGGAUAUAACAUAGUUCAAUCCACCAUAAAUUCUAAUCGUAUGACAGAACACUUCAAAGAAGCAUUUAAUGAUAAACACAAACGAUAUAAAAUAAAAAAAUGCAAUUAAUAGAAGAGAAUACAGAAGACUAUUAAAGUUCUUGAUUCCGUGUUAAUGAAAUUCCAAUCAUAUUAAGCACUUUAUAUCUAAAAAUGCUUGAAACAUCGAUUAUCUUGUUUAAUGUACGGCUAAC